AACGGUGGACUACCCCUUAACACAAAAUGACCUCAAACCAUCAUAUUAAACCUAAAAAAUUAGAGUUUUUUGUAGUUGAAAACAAGGCCAAAAACAGUAUAAAAAGAUGGCUAAGCAAGUAAUUAAGUCCUAUACCUCUUCAAGCACAGUACAAAACAGCUACGCUUUUAGGCUCAAACCUCCUUCCAAAAGCUCAAAUUAGGCUCCAAGGGACCUCAACUCCAAGGUGGUCAAAUUUGGUUAGGGGUUAGUGUGCAAAGGUAUAGAGAAAAUCAACUAUCAAGCACAAAGCAAGAAGAGAGAUAGAGAAUUCUAGAGAGAGAGAGGGUGAAUUUUGAUCCAAAAUUUCCAACCCCUCUGAAGAGCAUCCCCUAUAUAUAGAACAUCAAGCUUGGAGCUUGUAUUCAUCUUUCCAUACAUGUAUGGUGAUGCCCUUUAGUGAGCAACAGCUGGCACAGCUGGCAAACAAAUAUCUGAAAAAGGGGACAAAUGGCCGUCGGCCACUCUAAGUAGCAGAUCGGUCACUUUAACUAGCCGACCGGUCGUCGACAAGAACAAAGGUGGCCGACAAGGCCAAAAAGUGGCUGACAAGGCCCUUCUUCCUUCCAGGCAAGAGGCAACAAGGUCCCAAAAACAAGCACAAAACAAAAUGGGUUUAAAGGCUCAAAGACAAGGCGUUCCGUCGAGAACUUCGGGCGCUCAAAACAAGCACAAACAAGCACAAUCAUCGAGUGCACAAACGAUGACAUCCAAGUCUUGAGGUCAGUCAAAAAUGGGGUGUCUACAUGACCACUCACCAAGCCAGAUAAGGAUCUUAUAUGAGCUACCACUCAUCUUUUCUCCUCCUUAAUCACACCUUUGAGCCCACACUUAAACAACAAAUGUGAGAGAUAUAGAAAAAGGAGAAGAUUGAGCUCAACUAAGGGAUUUGCUAGGAAGAAGAAGAAUUGAACUUAGAGAUUUAAGAAUUAAGUCUCUAGCUCUCAUCUUGGGAAGUCUAGGUAAGAAUUCAACCCUUAAAUUGUGUUAUAUGAAUGCGUAAACUGUGAAUUCAAGAGAAUUGAGAGGAUCACAUAAAAAUUAAGCUAGAAUUGGAGAAAUGAACUCAAACCAUACAUGCAUGCAUAUUUCAUGGCAUUUUGAAGUUAUUUUCCCAAGAAUUUCCUCAUGCAUGUUACUAAUUCAUCUUAGUUUUGGGAAUUCAUCAAGUUUCAUGUCAUUUUGAGUCAUUAGAUCAUGUUUUGGUCAAAGCCUAUCUAUCUUUUUAUCUCUCUGGUUCACUAUCCUCAAAACAGGAAAGAUGAAUCCUGUUAGAAAUGGGCGGCCAUGUGGCAUGACCAUUUCAAUACUUUGAAUUUAUAACUAUAACUCCUGCAUUAAUGGGGUUUGUAACUCUUGCCUUUAUUGCAGAGGUUAAUGGUGCAUUAAUGAUCAGCCAUAAAGGCUGGAGGUUUUUCCUCUCUCCUCUAUACAUGUAUAAAUUGAGACCCUCCUGUCAAGUCUAAAACACACAGAAAUUUCCCAUAUUCUGACUUUCUUCCAAAAACAACGAUCAAAGCCAUUUGCACUGUGAUUGGUGUGGGUGAUAUUCACUGUUGUAAUAUCACCCCACUGCUGGGUUGACUGAUCAGAUUCAGGAAGCACGUGAUUUACCCACGAGAUCUUUUCUAUUCAGACUCUGCAGGAAAGGGUUUUUAAUAACAAUGAACUCAGUGGCAAGAUUCCUUCAACGCUAGGACUACUGCAGACUUUGGAGAUAUUUUGCCAAGAUCACAUCUGAGGCAGGUGCACAAUGAAUUUCACGAAAAUGCCUUGCAGAUGGCAGGAAUUUCUAUUGUGGGUCGAAAUUAUUAUGGUGUGUUCCCGUUGAGAGGUACAUUGCUUAAUGUGAGGGAAACAAGCCAUAAACAGAUCAUGGAGAACGCUGAAAUCACGAGCAUCAAGCAGAUUCUUGGACUUCAGCAUGGAAAACAGUAUGACAGUGUGAAGACUUUGAGAUAUGGUCAUUUGAUGAUCAUGACUGAUCAGCUGAAAAUAUUUGAAGGAUUGGCCUUUCCUCCCCUUUACUUCUACAAUGGAGGAGUUAAAGAGUUCCUUGCUACAAUAAAGCAACAUGUUUUUAUUGCGAGGUACUUGGCUGAUGAAACUGCUAUCUUACUGCUUUACUCAUUAGUGCAUGGGAACUCAAAUUUUCUGGAGUAUGUCUUGGUGCGAACAGAUUUGGAAACACUGUUGAUGCCCAUGCUGGAAACACUAUAUAAUGCUUCAAAAGGGACAUCCAAUCAAAUCUACAUGGUGCUAAUUAUUUUGCUAGUACUCAGUCAAGAUUCUUCUUUCAAUGCCAGUAUUCACAAGCUGAUGCUGCCAAGUGUUCCAUGGUACCAAGAACGCCUGCUCCAUCAAACUUCUCUUGGUUCCUUGAUGAUCAUAAUUCUGAUAAGGACUGUGAAUUACAACCUAUCUAAGCUACGGGAUAUUUACCUCCACACAAACUGUCUUGCAAUUUUGGCCAACAUGGCACCCCAUGUCCACCGUUUGAGUGCAUAUGCAUCACAGAGACUCGUUAGCCUCUUUGAUAUGCUCUCACGCAAGUACACUAAAUUAGCAGAGCUAAAAAAUGAUAAGAUGCAUAUAGGGAAUGGUGAAUCAAGAGGAGACAGCCUUCUAGAAAAGAUGUCAACAGAAUUGCAUAUUUAUACUGAUUUCCUGAGGAUUGUUCUAGAAAUAUUAAAUGCAAUACUGACUUACGCUCUUUCACGUAACCCUGAGGUUGUAUAUGCGAUUAUGCACAGGCAGGAGGUCUUUUAGCCUUUCAGGAACUAUCCUCGCUUUAAUGAGCUGCUUGAGAACAUUUUUACUGUCUUAGAUUUUUUCAAUAGCCGCAUGGAUGCCCAAAGAAUGAAUGGUGAAUGGUCAGUGGAGAAAGUCCUCGAAGUCAUAAUCAUCAAUUGUCGUUCUUGGCGUGGUGAAGGCAUGAAGAUGUUUACUCAAUUACGUUUUACAUAUGAACAAGAGAGCCAUCCUGAGGAGUUCUUUAUUCCUUAUGUGUGGCAGCUAGUUAUAUCUCGCAGCUCAUUCAGUUUUAAUCCCAGUAGCCUAAGGCCAAGUUUGGGAAGACUAAAAAAGUGCACUUUUUGUCUUUUUGGACUAAAAAAUUGAGGUUGAAAAUAUGGAUGUUUGGGUUAACUUUUUGACUUUUUAUUGAAAAAUGUGUAAUA